CGCUCCUGGUGUUGAAGGAGGCUCCUGCUCCUCCUGCUCCGGCUCAGUCUGAGGAGGAGGCAGCAGCGGGAGGAGUUGUUGUAGUCCGGAGAGGCUCUGUUAGUUUAAAGUGUUUAUAAUUUACUGAAGAAACAGAACCAGCUCAUCCGGAACCGACGUCGACGUCAGUUUGGACUCUUAAAGAAACAGAAAAUCUUCCUGAACUUUCAACCGUCGAGCUGGCAGAGAUGUUUCAAAUAAAGAGGAUCUGUUGCAUCGGCGCCGGCUAUGUAGGAGGCCCGACAUGCAGCGUGAUCGCCCACAUGUGUCCGGAGAUCACCGUGACCGUCGUGGACGUCAACGAGUCGCGUAUCAAAGCCUGGAACUCGGACACUCUGCCCAUAUACGAGCCGGGGCUCAAAGAGGUGGUUGAAUCAUGCCGGGGGACAAAUUUGUUUUUCUCUACGGACAUCGACUCAGCCAUCCGGGACGCAGAUCUCGUCUUUAUCUCCGUGAACACGCCGACUAAGACCUAUGGGAUGGGGAAGGGUCGCGCCGCUGACCUCAAGUUUAUUGAGGCGUGUGCUCGGCGGAUCGUCGAGGUGUCCGAUGGCUACAAGAUCGUCACAGAGAAGAGCACGGUCCCCGUUCGAGCUGCUGAGAGCAUCAGACGGAUAUUUGAUGCCAACACCAAGCCCAGCCUCAACCUACAAGUGCUGUCCAACCCGGAGUUCCUUGCAGAGGGGACAGCGGUGCGGGACCUGAAGGAGCCAGACCGCGUCCUGAUUGGUGGAGACGAAACAGCCGAAGGUCAAAGGGCGAUCAGGGCGCUGUGUGCCGUCUAUGAACACUGGGUCCCCAAAGCACGAAUCAUCACCACCAACACGUGGUCGUCCGAGCUGUCCAAACUGGCGGCCAACGCAUUCCUGGCACAGCGAAUCAGCAGCAUCAACAGUAUCAGCGCUCUGUGCGAGGCCACCGGGGCCGACGUGGAGGAGGUCGCCAAGGCGAUCGGUAUGGACCAGAGAAUAGGCAGCAAGUUCCUCAAAGCCAGCGUGGGUUUCGGUGGAAGCUGUUUUCAGAAGGACGUGCUGAAUUUGGUGUACCUGUGUGAGGCCCUCAACCUGCCCGAGGUCGCCUCGUACUGGCAGCAGGUGAUAGACAUGAACGAGUAUCAACGGCGGCGGUUUGCCUGCAGGAUCAUCGACUGCCUGUUCAACACGGUCACUGGUAAAAAGAUUGCUCUGCUGGGAUUCUCCUUCAAGAAAGACACAGGAGACACGAGAGAGUCGUCCAGUAUCUACAUCUCUAAAUAUCUGAUGGACGAGGGAGCCAAGCUGUUCAUCUACGACCCCAAAGUCCUCAAAGAACAAAUCAUUCACGACCUCUCCCAGCCCAACAUCUCGGAGGACAACCCAGAGAGAGUGUCGGAGCUGGUGACUGUGACCUCCGACCCUUAUGAGGCCUGCCAGAGUGCACAUGCACUGGUCAUCUGCACCGAGUGGGACAUGUUUAAGGAGCUGGACUACGAAAAGAUUUACAAGAAGAUGCUGAAGCCGGCUUUUAUAUUUGAUGGUCGCAGGGUGCUGGACCACCUCCACGCUCACCUCCAGGACAUCGGCUUCCAGAUCGAGACCAUCGGUAAGAAAGUGCCCAUAACACGAAUCCCCUACACGCCGGCAGCUGUUGGUCCUCGCGUCGCUCCCGUUGAACCUCCGACCAAGAAAGCCAAAGUCUAAAACUCACAUCACCCCCUCUCUCUCUCACACACACACACACACGCAGCACAUUCCUCUGUCAGCCUUUUUUAUUGCUGCGGAAACAUUUCAUCCGAGUCUUACCUCCUCCUCCUCCUCCUGCUCCUCCUCCUCCUGUCGGUACACGCCUAAUGAUCAAAAAGGCCAAAACAGGACGACUGAUUACUCCCCUGCAGGAGGUCGAAGGAGAGGAAGAAGUUUGAGCCUUCAGUCCAAAUUUAUUGUUCGACUGUUUGGGAGAAGUUUAGUGAUAAACCAUUCCACACACAGAAAGUUAAUUUGACAUUUCAGUAUCCAGUAAGUAUUUUAAUCAACCAAACACUAUCAGUAGGAGUCUACUUUUUACAUUUACUAUAUAAUCAAGUAUUGUUGCUGAAUUUGAUACUAUUUUUUUAAAAUAUUUUUAUAAAUGUACUGUAUGUCAAUCAGUAUUUGUCCUGUGCAUCAGUGACUGUUGACAAAAAAUGCAAUAAAAUGUGACACGUGUCCUUUA